AUGGCCGUGGCCGUGAAGAGGAAACGAAGUGCUAAUUGGACAAAAGAUGAAGAACAACAAUUGGCAACAAGUCUAGUACAACAUCAAGGAGUAUUAAGUGCUUCCCACUCCACUACUAUCACUAAUCAUUUGAAAACUGACAUAUGGAAAACUAUUACAGCGGAAAUUAACAAUGUCGGGGGGCACGGACGUACUAUCGAAGAAGUCAAAAUAAAGAGCAAAAACUUGAAGAUGUCAGCUAAAACUAAAGCAAUGAGCAAUAAACAAUCGGCUGGAAAAACUGGUGGUGGGGAUUCGGAAGAGCAGCUGUCAUCGGCGGAGGACACAAUACUGGCUAUUGUCCGAAGCGUGGAUAUGAUUGGAGUUCCUGGAGGCAUCGAUGUUUUCGAUGAUUUGGGAACUAAUUCAUCCGACGGUUUAAAGAAAGUACCAGUAACAAAGGAACCAAGAGAAGAUCUACUUGGAAAUUGUUCCAGUAUGAAUGUGUAUGUACCCAUUGCAAGUACAUCUCAGACAUUGCAUACAGCUGAGCCCAAUUUGAAUCGGUCGUCAAGUUCAGCUGCAAAGUCAACGGAUGGAGUGAGGAAGAGGUCCAUCUUUCGAGAAACUCCAACAGAGAGACUAAUGCGCGAACAAGUAGAGACAACAAAAGAGCAGCUAUCAGUUUUCAAAGAAAUUAGAGACUUAAUGAAAGAGGAAUAUAAUUGAGAGGGCUAAACUAUCGUUAAAGCAACCCUAUGGCGAGCAGGAUUAAGUUUUGUAUGAUUGCAAGUGUCUUACUAUUUGUAGCAUUAUGAUGACUUUGCCUUUUGUAUGAUAACUCUGCCUUUUGUAUGAUAACCCUGCCUAUUGUAUGAUAACUCUGCUAUUUGUAUGAUGACUCUGCCUUUUGUAUGAUAACUCUGCUAUUUGUAUGAUAACUCUUCUAUUUG